GCAACCUAAUCCUCCUACAACAUCUAUCUCAAGCUGACACUUUUUUGCGCAAACCGACUUUUCUAAAGGACAGGAUCCUCGGUUCAUCACAUUGAUUUGCUCACAGCACAGCGCAAGCCAUACCCGGAAGACCAGCCCAAACACGAAGCCCGUCCCUCGGUUGAGUCGGCUCCUAAUCAUUACAUGCGAUUGCGCGCCCGGCAACGAACGACAACAGCAAUAACAAAACACCACGAUUGAGCGCGCCCCAAACCGCCCACCAUGUCCCAAAUACUCCUCGACUUCCUCCACCCCCUCCUCACCUCUUGCCUCCCCUGCCUCCCGGGAACCCCCACCCUCAAGAUCAACUCCCGCUCCCUCAAGAUCCUCCGCCUCCUCGGCGAAGGCGGCUUCUCCUACGUCUACCUGGUCCAGUCCCUCUCCUCCCCCAACCACGAGCUCUACGCCCUCAAGAAAAUCCGCUGCCCCUUCGGCGCCGAAUCCGUCGCCCAAGCCAUGAAGGAGGUCGAGGCCUACAAGAUAUUCGGCUCAACCCCCGGCAUCAUCCACAGCGUCGAUUACUCCAUCGCCACCGAGCGCGGCGGCGGGGAGGAGAGCAAGACGGUUUAUGUCUUGCUGCCGUAUUACAAGCGGGGGAAUCUGCAGGACAUGAUUAAUGCUAAUUUGGUGAAUCAUUCCAAGUUUCCUGAACGGAAGCUGAUGGGGUUGUUUUUGGGGGUCUGUAGGGCGCUGAGGGGGAUGCAUGUUUACCAGGGCGGUGGCGGGGCAGGGGCGCAAGAAGAGAUGGUUGUGCCGGGGAGGAAACGAGGGGGCAAGAAUACGGUGAACGGGGGGGCGGAUGUGGACGAUGAGCAGGAGCAGGGGAGGAGUUUGCUGACGGAGGAUGAGAGGGUCACGCAGGCCAGGGAGACGGGGGGGAAGAGGAGGAGUUAUGCUCAUAGGGAUAUCAAGCCCGGAAACAUCAUGAUCUCCGACUCGGGGGAUGAACCGAUCCUCAUGGACCUCGGUUCGGUGGCUGAAUCCCCUCUCCCAAUCACCUCCCGCUCGUUGGCUAUUGCAACGCAGGAUACUGCUGCGGAGCAUAGCACCAUGCCUUACCGGGCUCCGGAACUGUUUGAUGUCAAGACGGGGACGGUGGUUGACACAAAGGUUGAUAUUUGGAGCAUGGGGUGCACGCUGUAUGCGUGCUUGGUGGGGAAAUCGCCGUUUGAGAUGAGGUCGGAUGAGACGGGGGGGUCGCUGAGUAUUUGUGUGCUGAGUGGGGAUUGGAGGUUUCCGGAUGAGGGGCCGGGGGCGAAGAAGAAUAAGGGGAAGGGGCCAGUUUCUCCUGGGGGCACAACGGCGGCGGCGGCGGCGGCUGCGACAGAAGAGGAGAGGAUUAGUGAGCCGAUACGGGAGGUGGUGAGGAGGUGUUUGAGGGUUGAGCCGAGUGAGAGGCCGGACAUUGAUGAGCUGAUUGAGAUGGUGGAGCGGGUUUUGGAGGUGCUGCCUGAGGAUGCUGCUUAGGCGGGGUGAAGAUGGGUGAUAUAUGAUGGG